AUGCAGAGACAGCGCGUCAUUCUUUUUUUCUUGUUUUCACUGUUGGACUGCUUCUUGACUGUAAACCAAACAUGUGAAAAGCAGACCAACUGUCCUUCAGAAAAAACUGUCUUUAAUGCAAUGACAGAAAUCCCUCCUAGUCUGUGGCCAGGCGUGACCAAAGUCUUCUUUUUGGACAGCCACAUAAAAACAAUACCCAAAGCAGCCUUUGUGGAAAACCCACAACUUGAACAUGUGGAGUUCAUAAACACAGACACCUCCGUUAUUGAGCCAGGAGCUUUUGAAGGUCUGGUCAACAUGAAGCAUGUUGAGAUCUCCAGCACGCCGCUGACGUCCGUACCUAUAGGAGUCUUUACAGGCCUCAGUAAUCUGGAGAAAAUUAUUCUAAAAUCGAACAGGAUCCGUAAUCUGGAACGAGGUUUGUUUGACGGUCUUAAAAAAGUAACCGAGCUCCAGUUAUAUGGAAAUGAGAUUGCAUCCAUUGAAGAUGGGACUUUUGAUGGCCUCGAGAACCUCACGAAACUCCAUCUGGCUAAAAACCGUCUCACUGCUGUGACAACCGCCUGGUUCUCUAAAUUAAACAAACUGGCUAUGCUUCGGCUUUAUGAAAAUCAACUGACUUCCAUUCCAGAGGACAUUUUUCAUAAUUUACCAAAUUUAAAAGAAAUUUAUUUGCAAAGCAACAAAUUAACAGAGUUAUCUGCUAAUCAGUUUCCUUAUAAAGACAAACUCACAAAGAUUGUCUUGGACGACAAUCUCUUGACAUAUUUACCAGGAGAAUUCUUUGUUGGCUUCCAUAAUCUCAAAACAGUGACCUUGAACAAGAACAAACUAUUAAGCCUUCCACCUGUGCUUUUUGAUGAAAAGACCAAUAUGAUAGAUUUAGGUUUCAGUGAAAACGAACUGAGCGAGCUUCCAAAAGCGAUAUUCAGUCCUUUGAGUAGACUGACCAAGCUGGAUCUAUCCAACAAUCACUUUGCAACUAUGUCAGCUGACUACUUUGAAGGACUGCACAGACUCACCGUUUUGAAUCUCCGAAACAACAAGAUAGACUCCUUGGGUUCAGAUGUGUUUGAAAAGCUUCAAUCGCUGAGAACCCUGGACAUGUCCGGCAACAACCUUCAAACACUCCCUCGGAAUAUUUUUGAACCUGCAACACAUCUCACGCACGUUUAUCUAAAUGACAACCCCUGGAAUUGUGACUGUAACCUUCUACAUCUCCAUCGCUGGAUAAAGGAAAACCCUAUGAUUGUUCAGAACCCAGUUGUCUGUUCGUAUCCAGAAGAUCUUAAAGAACAAGAGAUCAAGUCGUUGGGAGAGGAGCAAUUCAUCUGCCCUACCGUUGUGUUCACAACCACCGUGUUGCCUACGACGGCUCUCACAACCCUAGAACUAACCACCACCUUCACAACAACGUCAACCACUACUUGGCCAACCACUCCUACAUCUACUAUACCUUCAGCUACAACAGCUUCUACCACAAUUGCAUCUGAAGAAACGACGACUGACAUUAUAGCAACGAUGCAGCAAACGACAACAGAGACUACACCAGUGGUCACAACAAGAGCAAAACCACCCCUAGAGAAGUCACCUGGUUUGUUAUCAUACAAGGACACAAAUACAGCUCAGCAGUGCAAAUCCCAGGCACUCAUUUACAUCGCUCUGCUGCUGGUGGAGGUCUCCUGCACUUUUGUGCUGGCUAAGUUCACCGUGUCUCUUUACACCCUGCUGCAGUGCAGGAAGAGGAUGCAGCAAGAGGUCAAACUCACCCGCUUCUCCUACAGGAAAGAAGUGAUCCUAAGGCCUGUGCAGGAGAGCGUAGAAAAAGAAUAA